AUCCUUCACCGUCACUCCGCCCUUUCUCUUGUCUUUUCCUCUUUCUUUUCUGUGACAUAGCGAUAGAAGAUUUCUAAUACCCAAACAAAAAUGGCGGAACCAACGAAAGCAGAGACGGAGCAAGUCUUCAAGGUUCUGAAGAAUCAGAAGGGAAACAAGAUGUGCUUUGACUGUCAAGCUAGGAACCCGACAUGGUCCAGCGUCACGUUUGGCGUUUACAUCUGUCUUGACUGUUCGUCCGUGCAUCGGAACAUGGGCGUGCAUAUCUCUUUCGUCAGAUCCACCAACCUCGACUCAUGGCAACUUGCCCAACUCCGAACCAUGAAGGUAGGCGGGAAUGCUUCCGCCACCGAAUUCUUCACCAAACACGGUGGUUCGUCCCUUUUGAGCGACUCGGACACGAAGAAAAAAUACUCGAGCAGGGUCGCGGAAUUGUAUAAGGAGGAGCUGGGAAGGAGGGCCAGAGAGGAUGCGGCGAAGUUUCCAUAUGGCAUCUCAGUCGACGGCGUCGACACCUCCAAAUCCAACUCCGCCACCCCCGCUAACGGCGGCGGCGAAAACGCAGAAGAAGAUUUCUUCUCCUCAUGGGAUAAACCCGCCUCCAAACCAUCCACCCCGACCUCCUCCAAACCAGCCUCUCCAGCUCCCCCACCCGUCAUCGGAUCGCGGUCCACCUCCGCAUCUUCCGCCACUACGGGUCCACGCACAGUCACUUCUUCUUCGUUACGUUCGACGUCCUCCACUGGGGGCUUGGGCUCGUCCAGACCCGCGAAAUUGGGCGCGUCCCGCCUUUCCUCGACUGCUUCCAACACGACUUCUACAUCUACGACUCCAUCUGCUACAACGACCACGGGCGCAGCAGCACGGAAAGGAAAGCUAGGAGGCCUCGGAGCCAAGAAAGCCGCCGCGCCUUUGGAUUUCGAAGAGGCUGAGCGAAAAGCCAGGGAGGAGGCCGAGAGGAUCAAACAGCUGGGGUACGAUCGGCAGCGGGAGGAGGAGGAAGAGAAGGCUAGGCAGGAGGAGGCGAAGAAGGCUGCUGCGUUGAGCUUGAAUAAGAAAGCGGCGACGGCUGCGACGGCGAGUAAGGCGGCGGCGAAACCGGGAGGGAGUUCGCAGGAUAUGGAGAGGUUGGGGAUGGGGGUUAAGAGGUUGGGCUUUGGAGGUGUGCCGGUUGCGGGGGCGGCGGCGGCGGCGUCGACGAGCAAGGCUGCCUCCGUCAACGACGACGCUCCAACUACCGCCCGAGACCGCUUCGGCACCCAAAAAGCGAUCUCCUCCGACAUGUUCUUCGAGCGAAACGACUACGACCAGACCCACCUGUCCGAGUCCCGGACCAGGCUGCAGCAGUUUGCGGGCGCGACGUCGAUCUCGAGUAACCAGUACUUUGGGAGGACGGAGGAAGAGGAGGCGGAGCUCGUCGCGGCGAACCAGGACGGCGGCGUGUUGGGCGACGGGAGUUUGGCGGGGCUGGAGGUGGCGGCGAGGGAGAUGGCGGCGAGGGUGUUGGCGAGGGAGGAUGUGAGGGAUUUGGGAGAGAGUAUCAGGACGGGGGCGUUGAAGUUGUCGGAUUAUUUGGCGCAGAUGUCGGAGCGUUGAGUAAAAAACUUUAGGUUCAGGCUCGGGUUUGGUAUUUGGGUGGAGGGACGGAUGACUCGUUGGUUCGCUCGCUGGCUGGGUUCUGUGGUCCAGGUCUGGGUAGGGUUUUUUUAUAGGUCAACUCGCAUGAUGGCUACGGUCGGGUCUUGGUCUCGGAGGAAGAUGUUACAUAUAUACGCUGCGUGUCCCGUUUUUCGAAUCGAUUUUUAC